AUUGAUUCCGAAGCUGAAGAAGAGAAUGAUGAUUCUCGGACUCUCAAAAUUGGCUCAUCUGCCUUGAGCUCAUUCCUAUUUCCUCGACAUUUGGACACCCGACCGAUCCUCCCCUCGAGUUGUGCGGUUGUCACGGGCUCAAAGACUGGCACAACGCCGACCGGACGUUGUGAGUCGGACGCGUCGAUUAGAAGAAGAAUUGAACCUACACACCCUCCACUCCUCCCUCCGAGACCCAAAGUGCCCAGGCCUGCAGUAAUGACGUCACUGUUUGAGACACGAGCCCGACACCCAGUCGCGUGCACCUACCGCCGGCCAGGUGCCAGUUUGCUCGGCCUCAGAGACGGGACUCGAACUAGGUCCCCCGAUUUUCUCUUAUCACCAGCCCCAUCGGUCUUAGCGUUGGUCAAUUGGGGGAGCGGUGGUGUGAGUGAAGAUGCUGUUGAGGUGACAAAAAAUUACGGCUCUCGUCCAGACUCCAUAUCCUCGUUCAGUCAUCAAUGUUGUCAAUGUUGUCGUUACGCCAAGCAACACGUGAGCUCUCUCCUCAGCCUCACCACCCCCAGCGGGACUCGAGACAUACCGACGGACGACGGUAUGAAAUGUGAAGAAGUUGCGAGCCGGUUGAAUGGCCGGCUUUGGUUGGUGAUUGGGCCGAGCACAGCUGUACCGUCGGCCCUCGAGACGAUGGCUUGUCCUCUUCGCGACGCCUCUUCCCAAUCCUCGCAUCAUCGGAGGCAUUAUAGCUCCGCGUGCCCAAAAGCCCAAAUUCCCAAAUGCCCGAGUCGUCUGGGCCCCGAACCAGCCAAGUGUGGGCAUGGCUGGGUCGAGGGAGGGGGGCCAACUGUGCACGUCGAGCAGAUUCACUCGCGGCACACCCGCUCAGAUGCUCUCGGUCGGACGAGCAAGGCCUGUGGGAUCGGUUGCGAUCAAACCACUUCACUUAUUUCACUUUCUUCCAUCGCCAUUCGCCAUUCGCCAUUCGCCCUCUUGAGUCUCCCCCCCCCCACACACACACACACUCAAAGCCGCGGAAGAGGCCCGUCUUGCCAGAUCGGCGUCUUCUGCCGCAAUGUCAACUCAAUUCAACUCCCCCGUCAGCCACACAACCACACAACCACACAUCUCUUUAGGCCCGCGAAUGUCCCACCAUUAAAAGCCGACAUGGCCGACAUCAUACACACACACACACACACACACACACACACACAGGCAUACAGGAGGAGCAGACCAAAAGUUAGCCGGUUGCGCCUGGGCCCACUUAACUGUCGACAUGCGACAGGUCGCGACGUGGGAAUCACACGAGCCGCCGGGCUUCUUCUGACGGCCAAGGAUCCGGACAGCACCGCCAGGCUGGUGUACUCAUUGGCUGGGACUCUCGACGAAAUGGGUCUGCAAGCUGGUUAUCCGUCUUAUCAAAAUUCCGAUCCGAUCGACGAGGCUGCAAGCGGCACCGAAGCAAUGUCGCCGCCCACCAUAUCCACAUCCAUUCUACUCACGAGCACGUGCUCUCUCUUUCUCUUCUUUUUGUCUGUCUGUGGGUGUAUGUGUGUGUGCACUUCUGCAGCUGGACCCUUCAGUGUAGACUCUGACGGCCGGGUGCAUCUGCGUGAGCGCCUGGAUUUCGAGCGUCAGUCGAUCUACCGAUUGCCGGUUCAGGUGAGUGACGGCGCGAUGACGGCAUUGGCCAUGCUGCAUGUACAUGUUCGCGAUGUCAAUGAUGAGCCGCCUCAGUUUGACGUGAAUCCCGCCCGUCUGGUGGUCGAGGAGAACCGAGAAAUCGGCAGCUCGAUUGGCAGGGUGAGUUGGUCCGCUGACAUUUCAGUCAUUGGUAAUUUCAGUUUCCAAGACAACUAUCCCUGA